AAAUUCCUGGUCUCUGAUUUAGAAUAUUUUUUCUCUGUUUCUUUUCCUUCAGUGAUUCAAAUCUUCUGUAUUUUAUGGAGAGAUCUGCAGGUACUCGAUAAAAAUAUUGUAUGAUGUUGAUGUUGUUGUUGUCUUUCAAGGAAGUUUCCACCAAGCCAGUUUCCAACAAAGAGACUGAGCAGAAAAGAAUCCAUGCUCCUUCCUACAGCCACAGCUCACCUUUCCCCCUGUUUCUUUGCUCCGAAGAAGCAUCUUCCUGCCUUCACAAAUGGUCUAAUCUUCUCCAAACAUCUCUUCCGCCUAUAAAGGCAUCAACUUUGUCUUUAUUUUCUCAUCAGUCUAUCACAGUCUUUUUCCAUUAAUCACCAACCAAAUGGAGAAGUUCGUCUCUUUGGCAGAACCCUUGGAAGUCCUCCUCCUUCACACAGUCCUCCACUGGUUCGCUAUGAUGCUUGAGAGGCUCUCGCUAGGAUUCAUGUCCUUCCUCCACUCGUAUUUCCAGUUCUGCACAUGCCUGUCGAUGGCUAAAGAUGAGCAACUGAUGCAUAGUAGCAGCCGCCAGCCUAGAGAAGACCAGUGCCUAAGUAGAAAGGAAGUGGAGAUGGUCAUGGACAAGAUGGGGAUAUGUUGCCCCUUUGAAGGUGAGCAGCUCUGCGAGCACAUGAGUUCUGAUGAGAUCUCUGGCUUGUUUGAAGAGAACGAGCCAAGUUUGGAAGAAGUAAAGGCAGCCUUUUGCUUCUUCGACGCAAACAACGACGGAUUCAUCGACGCAGUGGAGCUGCAGACAGCACUCCUCAAGCUGGGCAUCACAGAAGGGUUGGAAUUGGACGCAUGCAGAACGAUGAUAGCAAUCUAUGAUGGGAACUAUGACGGAAAGAUUGGUUUCGAUGAGUUCGUCAAGCUUAUGGAGACCAGCCUUUGCUGAAACUUGCUCUGUUUUUCCUCUCUAGUUGUGUAUUUUUCCUCUCUUGUUGUGUUUCUCCUUGGAGCUGUGCAAAGUGAGCUCAAAAAAUGAGAAUUCAACAAGAGAGUUGAUCAUAUAUUUGCCAACUUAGUCCAUCUUUAUUUUGAUUUCUAGUUAGCUUAUCAGUGAAUUAAGCUGCAGCAUCAGGAAGAAAAGAUGCAGGUUGGAGAAUACACAUGUUAGAACUCAUCUAACCAAACCAUAGCUUUCUCAAGUCCUCCUCUGUCUCUCAUAUUGGAUUUAACCAAACCAGAGUUUUCUCAGGUUUAAUCA